AUGCAGGAUGAGGAGUACCAUCUUAAGGGUGCUCCGUCAGAGACAGGCGUUGCCGAUCAUGAAACUCCUGAAUGGAAGCAGAGCGAGAAAAAGCUUGUUCGCAAGCUUGAUAUGACACUUAUGCCCAUAGUUUGGAUUCUUUAUAUGUUCAACUAUCUCGACAGGAACAAUAUCGCGCAGGCACGACUUGACGACUUCGAAGCAGACCUCGGUCUCGUCAACAAUGAAUUCAAUAUCGCAGUAUCUAUCCUCAACGUUGGCUACAUGCUCGCGCAGCUUCCUUCCAACAUGAUCCUUACAAGAGUUCGCCCUAGUAUAUAUCUGCCUUGCUGUGUCAUCGUAUGGUCUUGUGUCUCCGCUGCCACUGCUGGGGUGACCAGCUUUUCCGGUCUAAUCGCCGUACGAUUUGUUCUUGGUAUUGUCGAAGCACCAUUCUUUCCAGGUGCUUUCUUCAUGCUUUCUUCCUGGUACACUCGCAAGGAGCUCGCCCUUCGCACUGCCGUCCUCUAUUCAGGUCUUGUCAUAGCUACGGCCUUCUCCGGCCUUGUUGCAGCAGGCAUAUUCGCGGGUCUAUCAAAUACCGCCGGCCUUCAUGGCUGGCAGUGGCUCUUUAUCCUGGAGGGUGCCGGUAGCGUUGUUGCCGCCAUUUUAGCCUUCAUCCUGCUUCCGGACUUUCCUGAGUCCACAACUGGGAGUCAAAAAUGGCUCUUGACAGAACAAGAGCGCCAGGUAGCUAUCCAAAGGAUUGGGCUGGAUCGCGUGUCUCUGCCCGAAACUGACCGGUCUGUCUGGCACGGUCUUCGUCUUGCUGUUAAAGAUGUUCGGACUUGGAUUUUUGUUGUCAUCUUGUGCGCCAAUCACACCGCAUAUGGGUUCAACAACUUCUUCCCCACUAUCGUUCGUUCCAUGAAUCUCGGGAACCGUACCAUCACACUAGUCCUUACAGCUCCUCCAUAUCUGUUCGGUGCCGCUGUUUCCUUCUUGGUGGCUUAUUCAAGUGACCGUUUCAACGAGCGCGGAUACCAUAUCAGCGUUCCCAUGGUCUUCGCCAUCAUAGGUUUCAUCCUUUCAGUGGCAACCCUCAACAAUUCCGCUAGAUAUGCUGCAUCAUUCUUCUACUGCGCUGGUGCCUUUGCUGCCAACGCCGCAGUUUAUUCGUGGGCAGCCUCUUCGUUGAACCAAACGCCUGAAAAAAGAGCAUGCUCGACUGCUAUCGUGAACUUGCUCUCGCAACUAGGCAACAUUUGGAGCCCUUACUUCUUCCCUGCAUCACAAGGGCCACGCUACGUCAUGGCUAUGCUGCUUAUGAUGGCUUUCUCCGCACUCAGUAUUUUUGCAUCACUAUUGAUGAAGUUCCUGCUUAAGAAGGAUAACAGAAGGCUGCUGACUGAAGCAGAGCAGUCUGGUAGGACUGUUAAGCUUUAUACUACCUAG